GGUGUUUUAUUCAUUUUGGUCUUGACAAAAUGCAGGAAUUCAGUAAAAAUCUCAGGACAUUCAUGUUCAAACCAGCUGUAGAAAUUUGUUGUAUCAAACUCCUCAAACAUGGGGUGACCACCCACCAUCCAUGCGAUGGGGGGUGGUCUAGUGUUGGUCUGAACGAGCCGAGGCACCGAUUCACGUAUCAUGCACUGAAAGCAAUACCUCAGCCGAGCUGUAUCACUGAGCGUAUCGCUUUAAGAAAAGUCACGUGACCGACACAGUAACUGUGUCGUAUUGUAUCAUGUUGUAUCACGUGUCCUCGAGGCGCCAGUUCUACUUGAGGAAGUCCAGCACCCAUCGACUCACUUGUUGCUUCGACGCUGUUCAUUGCUAUGGAACCUCCGAGAAAGAGAAAGUACUCUGCCGUGUGGGAUCAUUUUGACCUUAUAUCACCUGAUAAGGUAAUUUCUUUGUACUUCGUUCCAAUUUAAAUGGCUGACAAAAUCUGUAGUGUAUAUUUUUAUGAUCCACAGGUUAAAUGUCGUCUGUGUUCAACGGAGUUGUCUUAUGCAACCCGAAACACAUCAUCAAUGCUACGGCAUUAUAAAGCUCGUCAUGAAAGAGAAGACAAUACACCAGGAAUGGAUACUGCCUCUAGAAAACAGGCCCUCAAUCGAUGCAUUAUAAAUAUGAUAAUCAAAGAUUGCCAACCUUUAAGCAUCGUUGAGGACGAGGAAUUCAGGGAGAUGCUCCAGACUCUUGAGCCAUCAUACGCAAUACCAACCAGAAAGGCUCUAAAGGAAAUGGUUUCUGAGAGAUAUGCAGCAGAAACCCAGAACAUUAAGGAAAAAUUACACUCCACCAAUGCAAUCAGCCUUACAGCAGAUAUGUGGACUUCAGUAAACAUGGAGGCCUACUUGGCUGUGACUGGCCACUUCUUUGACACUGAAAAUAAAAUGUGCACCACUGUGCUGGGAGUUAAAUAUUUUCCCAAGAGCCACACAGCAGAGAAUAUUGCUGAGGUCACACAAGAUCUGAUUGACAGCUGGGCCAUCACAGGGAAGGUUGCACGCUUUGUAACUGAUGCCGGAGCAAAUAUGAUCGCGUCUGCAAGACUAUUAAAAAUCGGGCAUAGUCCUUGCAUCGCACAUACUUUAAAUUUGAUUGUUAAAAAAUCUUGCGAUCAAGUGUCAGACCUAACUGAUAUCCGACAUAAAACCAAAAACAUCGUCACCUAUUUUCGUUCCAGCACUCUUGCCAAGGAAAAGCUGAGUCACGUGCAGCAACAAAUGCAAAAACCAAUUCUGAAACUCAUAAAUGAAGUUCCUACACGCUGGAACAGCACAUACCAAAUGCUGUCAAGAAUAGCAAGCCAAAAAGAGCCUGUUUGGGUGAGUCUGGCAUCUUUAAAAACACCAUUGCCUGCACUUACUGGAGAGGAGCAUGACAUCAUUGCAGAAGUCCAGAUUGUGCUUGCCCCUUUUAAUGCUGCUACUGUGGAGCUUUCAGAGGAGAAGCGAGUGAGUGGGAGCAAAAUAAUCCCGAUGAUGAAAAUGCUUCAUCAUACAAUGCAAAAAUGUGCUCCAUCUCUGGAAACAUCAGUUGGAAAAAAACUGCGUCAUGAACUCGACAAAAGAGUAACCGAAACCUUGAACAAUUAUGAAUCUUCCAGUCAUCUGUCUCUGGCAACCUUAUUAGAUUCACGAUUUAAAGCCCUUGGAUUCUUAAAUGGGACCAAAAUAAAUGAUGCUGUGAAGAAACUAAAAUCUGAAUGUGCUGCAGAGAUGAGAAUUUCUGGGCCACCUUCGGCACCACAGGAAGAUCAGCCUGGCCCCUCAUCUCAUUUGCCAGCAUCUUCUAUGUCAGACAACCUGUGGCAACAGCUGGACAUGGAGGUGGCCCGUACUCGAACAAGUACAAGUGUUGUGGCUGAUGCCAUGAUAGAAGUACAAAGAUACCUUUCAUCAGCAAACAUUCCCAGAACCGAAGAUCCACUGGAAUACUGGAAAUCUCAAAAGAAUACCUACCCACACUUAUUCAAACUGUCCCAAAAAUAUCUGUCUCCUCCAGCCUCAUCAGCUCCUUGUGAACGAAUUUUCUCCAAAGCUGGAGAAAUUGCAUCCAAGAGAAGAAAUCGUUUGAGCCCAAACAUGCUUCAAAAACUUCUCUUUCUGAAUAAAAAUGUUUAAUGUUAUGGAAACUCA